AUGCAAAAGCUAAUUGUAUUUGUCGCAGCUGCUUUUAUCAUAGCAUCUACUGCUGUUUUGAUAAUUGAAUCAUAAUCAUCUGUUGAAGAAGUUAUUAUCAACAGUGACAUUAUAGCUGCUCAAAAAUGGUAAGAGUUCCUUAAAAAACACUCAAUCACCUACAAGACUAUUGAAGAAAAGCUUCACAGAUUUGCCGUCUUCAGAGAUAACCUUAAAAAAAUUGAAGGACACUCAAACUAUGGCAUAACUAAAUUCAUGGACUUAACCAGUGAAGAAUUUUAAUAGAGAUAUCUCAGAUUAAAGACAAACACUAUUAAAAGAUAAAACUUUAAAUCAAAUCCCAAAAAUGCUUAGUUAAAUAUGAAAUUAGGUGAUGAUAUCAUCAUUGACUGGACUAAAAAAGGUGCUGUUACUCCUGUUAAAGAUUAAGAAUAAUGCGGUUCUUGCUGGGCAUUCUCUGCUACAGGUGCAUUAGAAUCUGCUACUUUCAUUUCUACAGGAACUCUUCCUUCUCUCUCUGAACAAGAACUAGUAGACUGCUCUACCUCUUAUGGAAAUGAGGGUUGCGAUGGUGGUGAUAUGGAUGCCGCUUUUAAGUUCAUUCACGAUAAUAACAUUGCAACUGAAAAAGAAUAUACUUACAGAGGUUUUGACCAAAAAUGUAAAGGAACUUAGUAUCCUACAACUUAUGGACUUUCAUCCUUUGUAGAUGUAUAAUCAUGUGAUGAAUUAGUUGCUGCUAUUUAACAAUAGCCUGUUUCUGUUGCAGUUGAUGCUACUAACUGGCAAUAUUAUGAAUUUGGCACAUUCAACGACUGCUUUGAUAAUCUAAACCAUGGCGUAUUGCUUGUUGGUUAUAAUUCUAAAACCCACCAAUGGAAAGUUAAGAAUUCUUGGGGUACUUCUUGGGGUGAAGAUGGUUACAUUAGACUGGGCGCCUCUACAAAAUACCUAAAUACCUGCGGUAUCUGCGAAUAAGCUUCAUACCCUAUUGUUUGA